GCUCUUCCAAAGAAGUUCACUGUUGGCCCAGUUUUCUCCCAAGAGGCAGACUAUGGGUCAGAGAAAGGAAUGUUGCGUCGUGCACCAACGACAACUACUGCUCACCCGUUAGAAGAAUCUGAGCGAAUGUUUGAUAAGCAUCAGGAAGAACAAAAGAUGCGUAGUGCCCGAAGUCAGUUUGGUAUUGGUUUUGUAGCACACAUGCAGCAUGAGAGAGCAGCCGCCAGCUGCCCCACUAUUGGUCACUUGGGUUUUCUGCCACGUUCCAAUGCCCAUAGCCAAGCUUUGACAGGGCGUGACCUCCUUUGUGAUUUCAAUGAUACAUUAGGCCUAGAACCAGAGAUAACUACCACUCCCCACAGUGUGAUGGAGAAGCUUCAGUUGAAAUCCAAUUUCAGAGUAUAGGAAUAUCCAGUACUAAAUUGAAAGGUUGCCCUUUAUUCCUGUUUAGUUUAUUUCCGCAUUUAUCACAUACCAUUAUUGGAAGUGAAGUGAAGUUAAUUUAGUUUCUAUUUGUCUAAUUAUAUUAUUUCUAAAAUUAAACAUUGUGGAAUUAUGGAACUUUGAUAGCAGUCAUACAAAUAAAAAGUUAACCAA